AUGAAGAAUUUUCUGGAACAAAAUUCCCCAGGUGACCGUAUACAAAACAAGACCGGACCAGCCAAGAUUCUUGGAGUCUUCACUGGCCAGGGUGCCCAGUGGUCUCGAAUGGGAAGAGAAAUUAUCAAAUCUUCGCCGCUGGCCCGGUGGACUGUGCAAAACAUGCAGCGGUCUCUUGAUUCCCUUCCUGAUCGACCUUCUUGGUCAAUCGAAGAUCUGCUUGUCAACAUGGAAGACCCAUCGCAGAUUCAAGAGGCUGCGUUAUCUCAGCCACUGUGUACCGCUAUCCAGAUCAUGCUUGUAGAGCUAUUGCGCGCUGCUGGAAUCUAUUUUCACUCAGUCGUGGGUCACUCUUCUGGUGAAAUUGGUGCUGCUUACGCUGCCAGGCUACUUUCCGCAGAGGAUGCUAUUCGCAUAGCCUACUACAGAGGGCUUUUUGCUAAAUUGGCAGGCAGUGCAACCGGUGGAUCCGGUAGUAUGAUGGCAGCUGCUUUGUCAUUGGAUGACGCCAAUAUUUUCAUAUCAGCAAAUGGACUUGAGGGGCGAGUUUCCAUUGCGGCUAGCAAUGCUCCUCAAUCGGUGACGCUUUCUGGCGAUGAAGAUGCCAUUGCGAAGGCUAAAGUCAUGCUGGACGAGCAGCAGAUUUUCUGUCGCUUGCUCAAAGUUGACACUGCCUACCAUUCCCACCACAUGAUUCCUUGUCUUGAAUCCUACUGUGAAGCACUUCGUGCUUGUAAUAUUUCUCCUAUGGAAUCCACAGACGGAUGUUUCUGGGUCUCCAGUGUUCAUGGGCGUCUAAUGACAGUCGCCAAAGAACACCAAUCCUUGAAGGAGACAUACUGGCGGGAUAAUAUGGCACAAACUGUCCUUUUUUCACAGGCCGUGCAAGCAUCCCAUUCAAUUAAUGGUCCCUUCGAUAUCGGACUGGAGGUCGGACCUCACCCAGCUUUGAAGGGACCCACCACCCAGACAAUCAAGGCAGAGAGUAACCAUGCUCUCCCUUAUAGUGGGACUCUCUCGCGCUUCAGAAAUGAUGUCGACGCUAUGGCCGAUUUAUUGGGAUUUAUUUGGAAAGAACUAGGUACCCAAGCAGUCGAUUUCAUUCAAUAUAGUCAAAAAGCAUUCGAAAUAUCUACAGGCAAGCUGCCACGGCAGUCACUUCCCCGUUACUCUUGGGAUCACAGCCAGAGAUUCUGGAAAGAGUCAGUCAAAUCACGAAAUUAUCGCCUACGGUCGCUAAAUCGCCAUGAUAUCCUCGGUGCUCGCUGCCCAGAUGACCAUGCUUAUGAUAUGCGUUGGCGAAACACCAUUCGCGUCUCUGAAGUGCCUUGGCUAUCUGGACACAAGGUGCAAGGACAGAUCAUUUUCCCGGCCGCUGGCUAUUUUGUCAUGGCUAUGGAGGCGGCAAAGGAAUUGUCGGACAACAAGCAAAUCGCGAUGGUCGAGCUCCAAAACGUUGAGAUAUCCAAAGCCAUUAUCCUGUCCGAGGAUAGCGCCGUGGAUGUGAUGUUCCAUCUCAAACCCUUCCUGGGCGCCUCUCCUAGGAUGGCAGAAUUCUCCUGCUACUCGGCAACGUCUGAUGAGAAUGGCGCAAAAUGGCACCACAAUGUGUCCGGGCAUGUCACAGUUCAUCUCUCCCAUGAGGGACUGUUUGAACUUCCCCGGAAACAAAAGUCCCCCGCCUCUCUUGUUCCGGUCAACAUAGAGUAUUUCUACUCGUCCCUUGCUAAUAUAGGGUUAGAAUACACCGGAAUGUUUCAGCGUCUGAAUCAGAUCCAGCGACGCUCUGGUCGCGCAAUUGGGUAUGCUCAAGACAUCCCCGAUGAUAGUAAAAUGCCAGUGAUGAUUCAUCCCGCUCUGCUCGAUGCUUCAUUCCAGACCAUUUUUGCUGCUUUUUGCUGGCCUGGAGACGGUACUCUGCAAAGCCCAUACGUCCCGACUUUCUUGCAAUCCCUCCGGGUGAUUCCUACACCGAUCGGCUCUUGCGCAGAAAAUAUGGUGGUUGACUGCACUAUCACUGAUUCCAAGCCCCAGGUAGUCACAGCUGAUUUGGAAAUAUUCUCAUACAGUCAGCCUCGUGUUCAGUUGGAAGGUUUGACUUGUACCCUCCUUGGGCAACCUGUUUCUUUAAAUGACUGUGAACUUUUUGCAAAAACCCUCUGGAAGGCUGAUGUGGAUUAUGGUCUUGAAGCUCUAGAGCUACCCACGGAUAGCACGAGUGAUGUUGAGCUGGUUGAUCUUUGCGAGCGGCUAUCAUAUUCCUACCUUCGAGAACUCAACUCCGUGGUCAAUCGUGAAGACGUAAAGAAAUUCGUCUGGCAUCACCAGCGGAUCUUUGAAUUCAUAGAUGACCUUUUUCCACUGAUCGAGAGUGGUAAACACCCCACAAUCCGCAAAGAAUGGGCCAACGAUUCGCAUGAUUGGCUCUUGUCUGAGGUUGAGAAGCACCCUGGCCAAGUUGAUCUCCAGCUCAUCUCGGCUGUUGGUAACAAUCUUGCUGCUGUAGUCUACGGCAAAACCACCAUGCUAGAGCAUAUGAUCGAAAAUGAUGUCCUUGAUCGGUUUUACAAAUACGGCCUCGGCUUCCAAAGAGCAAACGGUGCACUCAGUCAUCUUGCCAGCCAGAUUUCACAUCGUUAUCCAAGAAUGAACGUUCUCGAGGUAGGUGCUGGUACUGGUGGUGCUACAACCGGAGUUCUUGAACAGCUAUCGGGGACCUUUGCAAACUACACUUUCACCGACACUUCCACUGGUUUCUUUGAGAAAGCUCAAAAGCAGUUCUUAAGUUGGGCUUCGAAGAUGACUUACAAGGCGCUCAAUAUCGAAGGGGAUGUUGCUGCACAAGGUUUCAAAGAUGGCAGCUUUGACCUUGUUAUUGCGUCCAACGUACUGCAUGCUACCCAGAAUCUGGAGUUCACGAUGCAGAAUGUGCGACGACUUCUAAAGCCUGGUGGCUAUUUGCUGCUCUUGGAAGUGACAAGCGAUAUCUUGCGAGUAAAGUUGAUGAUGUCUGGCCUUCAAGGCUGGUGGCUAGGGGACUCGGACGGUCGUCGUUUUGCCCCUACCAUUUCUGAUGCGCAGUGGGAUAAUCUGCUGAUCAAGACUGGAUUCUCUGGAAUUCAGCAUCGAAUAACGGAUUUCGAAGAUACCAGCAAGCACAUGACCUCGGUGAUUUUGUCCCAAGCUAUCAGCGAAGCCUUUGCCCAACUGAAGAAUCCACUGGAACAAACAACCCCCUGCCUCCCUGUUAACCGGAUCGCGGUCAUUGGAGGUCAAUCCCCAGCAACGAAAGCUCUCGCUGAUGAUGUUGUGUCACUUCUCUCCCAAUGGAGUACUGUGUCGCCCCUACAAUUGAAUGCCUUUGAAGAGACACUCCGACAUCCCAACGCUGGCAUCACGUCUAUUAUAUCCCUAGCGGACUUAGAUGAGCCACUCCUCAAGAAAAUCUCCCAGGAAAGACUGAGUGGAAUUCAGAGUGCCAUUGAAGGAUGUCGUCAAAUUGUCUGGGUGACCUCUGGUGCACACAAUCAGAAUCCGCACGCCAACAUGACGAUUGGACUCGGUCGAUCUCUGAUCUACGAGUACCCUCACAUCCGGAUGCAGUUUAUGGAUAUUGCGCACGAUACCCAUAACAAAUCCGUGCAUGUGGCCACCGCACUUGCACGUCUUCUUGUCGAAGACAAAUGUGGCCUCCCUUCUUCGGAGAUGCUGUGGAGUGUGGAGCCAGAAGUCAUUUUGGAGAAUGGCAAGACCAUGAUUCCUCGAUUAAUUCCAAACGAUCAGAUGAACAGUCGCCUCAAUGCAGGUACUAGGCAAAUUACAAAAUCAACCUCCUCCACAAAUUCCUCAAUUCUAAUCUCUCGUGGGGAUCACGGAUUUUCUCUUCAUGCGAGAGAGAAGCCAACUUUCUCGACAUCAGACGCCAUCUCGAUCCGCGUAAUAUGUGCCCUGCUGCACGAGAUCCAGAUUACUAGUACAACAAGAACAAACAUCGUCAGUGGUAUCAUUGAGCAUCCAGGUUCCAGUAAGGCCUUUACUGCAGGUGACAGUGUCCUUGCAUUGGCAGGGUACAGUGCUUCAUAUAUCCAAGUACCUCCUGAGCAGGUCAUCCCGAUCGAUAACCUAAAUCCGGGAAGACUGUUGCAAGUUGCUAUUGCUCUUGUUGCAAGAAGUGCUUUGAGUGCGGUCAAGCCGCGUGGAACUGUUCUUUUGCUUGACCCCGAUAUCAGUCUGCAGCACGCCAUUGAGGCUGAGGCUGCUGAAACCGAUAUAGCUGUGAUAGUGGCCACCUCGGACUACCAAAAUCCAUAUGCUAUCCACAUCUCGCAAUUUCUGACCCAGAGACAACUCAAAGCACUCUUUCCGCCGAGUAUUGAUCUAGUUGUUGACAGUUCUUCUCAAAAGAACCAGUCAUUGAGAAAUUUUCUUGCCCAUUGUCGCACAGUCACAAUGGCAGAACUAUUUUCUUUGCAGCCCGCUGUGAAGCCAAAUGCCCUCUUCGGAAACACGGUUUGCCACAGGAACUUGUUAAAGGCACGAAAUAUGAUCGUCAGUAACUUCCCUGGUAUCGCGGAUCGCGCUCAUCUCAUUCCAUUGAAUCAUUUGAUGAAGUUGUCGCCUAACACUGCCAGCUGGCUGUCAGUCAUUGACUUUGCGUCUGCAUCGGUUAUUCAAACAAUAGUUGAGCCAAUCCAACCUCGAGAUCUGUUCCAUCCAAAUUGUUCCUAUCUUCUUGUUGGCUGUACCGGCGGACUUGGGCAAUCCCUCACUCGCUGGAUGGUCAAGAAUGGCGCUCGGUACAUUGUUCUAACCAGCCGCCAAGUAAGCAAGGUAGAUCGCGCAUGGUUAGAUGAAUUGAGACAAAUGGGAGCCGAGAUACAGCUCCAUGAGCUCGAUAUAUCCAAUAAGCAGGCGCUCCUUACCAUGCGUGCCAAUCUGCAAAACUCAUUCCCACCUAUUGCUGGUGUUACAAAUGCGGCCAUGGUACUGUCUGAUCGGUUGUUUAGUGACAUGACCGUGGAACAUCUGAACAUGGUCUUGGAACCAAAAGUCACGGGCAGUGCCAAUCUAGAUGAAAUAUUCUCAACUCCAACCCUUGACUUCUUCGUUUUGUUCUCAUCCCUGGCAAGCGUUGUUGGAAACCGUGGCCAGUCCAACUAUGGUGCCGCCAACUUGUUCAUGACUAGCCUAGCAGCUCAGCGUAAGCGCAAGGGCUUGGUUGGCUCCGUUUUGGACAUAGGCAUGGUUCUAGGUAUUGGAUACGUGUCACAAAACAGCAUCUACGAGACAACCCUUCGAAGGUUCAACUACAUGCCUAUCUCUGAGCCCAAGUUCCACAUCAUGUUCGCCGAAGCUAUCUCUGCUGGUCGGCCGGAGAGCAAAACACAGGCUGAGAUCAUAACUGGUCUCCAUCGAAUUGCCGAAUCUGGCGAUAGUGGUGAAAAUGCAUUCUGGGCAGGAAACCCCCGGUUCUCGCAUUACACUAUCCAAGAGGGCCUGGGCCAGGAGCAAUUUUCGACCACGAUUCUUCCCCUCCAAAAGCAAUUGGCCGAUGUGAAAGACCUGGAGCAAGCCUCGAAGAUUGUUCUUGGAGGCUUCCUCUCUAAGCUCGAGCGUGUUCUACAGGUGCCCGCGGCCAAAAUAAAUCCUGCCCAACCACUGGUCAAUCUUGGGGUCGAUUCAUUGAUGGCUGUUGAGGUUCGAUCCUGGUUUGUCAAAGAGAUAAACACUGACAUCCCGGUUCUUCGCAUCUUAGGAGGUGCAUCCUCGGCCGAGCUGUGCACGGAGGCAGCUCAGAAACAUGUCACGACGAAGACGCCUUCGAAUGAUCGCCUAAAUGAAAACUUCUCAACUGCGUCUUUAGCCAGCUUUAGUCAAGAGAAUGAUCAUUCACAGGCUAAUAGCUCUGCUACUUCCGAAACCGGAUCAAUCACCAAAGAUUUCCCUGAGAAGGAAGAGGACCUGACGGCCAAGGACGUCAAAAUCCAAAGACUCAUUCAUUCUGCUUCAACGAUCCAUCGCAUGUCUUUUGCGCAGGAGCGAUUGUGGUUCCUUCACUUGUUUUUGGAGGACCCAUCGGCCUACAAUGUCACGAUGAUGUAUCACGUCCAUGGUCCCAGCGCUGUGGCUAUAUGCAACGCAAUGAACAUCGUUCUGACUCGACAUCAAUCUUUACGCACUGCAUUCUUCUCCGACCCCAAAACAGGUCUUCCUAGCCAGUACGUGCUUCCAAGUGCAAGCACGUCUGUGAAACAGCAAUCGCUCAAGAAUGAACGCGCUGCAUACGAGGAGUUUAACCAGCUACGCCACUACACUUACGACCUUGAUAAUGGAGAAACAGCGGCUGCCACUCUACUUUCGGAAGCAGAGACCGAUCACAUACUGAUCCUUGGUUUUCACCACAUCGUGUUUGACGGCUUCAGUGCUCAAAUCUUUGUCAAAGAUUUUGCUUCUGUCAUCGCAGGAAAACACCUACCUACUCUGGAGCAUCAAUACAUAGAAUUUGCCGACCGACAAAGGCAUCUCGUGCAAUCCACUAUGGAGACAGAUUUGAAAUACUGGAAAUCUCAAUUUUUGGACUUACCAAAUCCCUUGCCACUGUUUGAAUUCUCUUUAGUGAAGUCGCGCAAGCCACUGACUACCUACGACAUGCAUGGUGCCCAGCACAUAAUCCCAUCAAAUACAGCCUCAGUGUUCAAGUCUAAGAUCCGGGGGCUCAACGCUACUCCAUUCUAUGGCCAUCUUGCAAUCCUCCAAAUUCUUCUCUAUCGGUUCUUGAACGUCGACGAUGUAUGCAUUGGAAUUACUGAUGCCAACCGCACCGACACCGAAUUUCUUGACACAAUCGGGUUUUUUGUUAAUCUACUUCCGUUGCGUUUCGCUCUCGAUGGCAACUUGUCCUUCGAGGAUUUACUGGUUCGAACGCUCAAGGUCACAUUUGAGGCGCUUGAACAUUCCCGCGUGCCUUUUGACGUGCUGCUUGACUCUUUGAGUCUUCCCCGAUCGACAACGCAGAGUCCAUUGUUCCAAGUGCUGCUGAACUACAAGAUGGGAUCAACAAACAGCAUCACAAUGACUGGCUUUGAAGCUCAUUUGGUGAAGUUUGAAGAUGCCAGUAAUCCAUACGACUUGAUCUUUGAUAUCGAAGAGCAACUGGAUGGCACUACUCUAGUCGGUCUCAAGUCGCAGUCCUAUCUUUAUAGUCAGCGGGACCUUAGUAUGAUCCUGGGAGCUUACAACUGCGUACUCGAGUCUUGUCUCUCAAAGCCAGAUCUUAACAUCAGUCAACAUGAGCUCUACCACCUGGAAGACGCUCUGGCGGCAGUCUCACUUGGGAAGGGACCUCGUUUAGAUUUUGACGACUCAGUCACACUUUCUUCUCGCAUUGAUGAUGUUGCAGCAUUUCAUGGAAAGGAAGUUGCUAUCAAGGACAGCGAGGGCUCCUUUCUUAGCUACGAAUCUAUGAACAGGCGAGUCUACCAUAUUGCAGCAACCCUAGAGGCCGACGGCAUAGGCUCUGGGGAUUAUGUUGCUGUAUACUGCGAGCCAUCCAUCAACUCUGUCUGUUAUCUCUUAGCAAUCUGGCGACUGAAUGCUGUUUACGUUCCACUCGACCCGCAAAAUCCAAUUGAGCGUUUGCAAACAAUUUUGGAUGAUUGCAGACCGCUUGCAAUCAUUCAUCACGAACGCACCAAGGACAACACCCAAAAGCUCAAUCUGGGGGCGAUUAAGCCAGUCAGCUUCUCAAGCUUCGACUCUUUCCUCUCUGUUGCUAUCACAAACAGAGCCCAGCCAGUUUCUCCAGCAUGUGUCUUGUAUACAAGCGGUUCCACUGGAAAGCCCAAAGGCAUUGUUCUAACCCAUGCAAACCUCAACAAUCAGAUCAUGUGUGUCAAGAGGACCUUGGGGCUUGGAAAAGAAGUUGUUCUUCAACAGAGCUCUCUUGGUUUCGACGUCUCCAUCGACCAGAUGAUGCAGCCUUUGACUUCCUGUGGCACGCUCAUCAUUGCAUCUCGCCAUCUUCGAGGUGAUCCCCUGAAACUCACGCGCCUAAUUGUCGCCGAAAAGAUUUCGUACACUUAUGCUACACCUUCUGAGUAUGCAUCUUGGUUACGCUACGGAUCUGGCAAUCUCCAUGAAUUGACUUGCUGGAAGACUGCAAUCGUUGGAGGCGAGGCUCUUCCCGCUCAUUUGAUCCGCCAAUUCCAAGAGCUAAGUCUACCCGGUCAACGCUUGAUCAACAGAUACGGCCCGACAGAAAUCACUGUUUCAAACUCUUGUAUGUCAUUCAAUAUUUCAGACCCUACCGUUGCCGAUUCACCAGCCAUCAGCAUCGGGACCACACUCCCGAACUACUCGACCUACAUUCUGGCCCCCGACGGAUCCCCUGUACCUGCUGGUUUUGUGGGAGAGAUUGUUGUGGGAGGUAGUGGUGUUGCUUUGGGCUACCUUGGGCGAGAUGAGCUGACUUGUCAAAAAUUCGUACCCGACCCGUUUGCCAGCAAAGAAGACAAUGACCAUGGGCGUACUACCAUGUACCAUACCGGAGAUAAGGGUAGGCUGCUAUCAAACGGUGAGAUAUUCUAUCUCGGCCGCAUGGAUGGAGACAAUCAGAUAAAAUUGCGAGGAUUCCGCGUUGAGCUGGAUGAGAUUGCCAGCAACAUCUUGUGCCAGGCAAAUGGUCGCAUCAUUGACGCCGUUGUAUCAGUUCGAGGGGAAAACGACGAGGACGGAGACCGGCGAUAUCUGGUUGCCUGGAUUAUACCCUCUCGAUUGACCUGCGCCACAGAUGAUCUUGAAGAGUUUCUUUCCGCACUUCCUUCCCGUUUGCCUCUUCCAUCUUACAUGAUCCCUCGGAUCUGUGUCACCGUGGAGGAUUUCCCUCGGACCCCCAACGGGAAGCUCGAUAGGCGGGUCUUAGACCAGCUAGAACUUCCCAAGGCUGCGGAUCACGGUAGUAGCCUCGAAUUUACGGCGGAAGAGCAGGUCAUGAUCGAGAUGUGGAAGACUUGUUUGGGUGAAUCUGGUCUUCUGACUACCUGGAGUCGUUCGACGGACUUCUUCCAAGUCGGUGGCAACUCACUGUUGAUGAUCCGAUUAAAGGCGCUCAUCCAGGAGAAACUCGGAUUUGACCUUCCUUUGACUUCACUUUUCCAAUCGUCUACUAUCGAAGGAAUAGCUAAGCAGUGCCUUUCUAAGACAUCCAAGUUGUCUAAACCGAUUAUUGACUGGCCUACCGAAACGAGGCCGGGAGAAGAAGAGCGCAGAUCAGCUUGCUCGAAACCUUCCACGGUGAUACUCAACACUGACGGCACGAAAGAAUGCUUUGAAAUCCUUCUAACGGGGGCAACUGGGUUCUUGGGUUCAGCCAUCUUACAACGGUUGGAGACCUAUGAUUGUAUCUCGCAUAUUCACUGUGUCGCGAUCCGGCCAUCGAAAAAUGAAGCCACUCCUCGAGAUCUUGAGGUGAAGUCGGCGAAAAUCAUCCAGUAUGCAGGUGAUUUGACCUUGCCCCGGCUUGGACUGGACCGCGAUACAUGGGAACUUCUUGGAAACACAGUUGAUGCGAUCAUUCACAACGGUGCCGAUGUCUCCUUUUUGAAAUCCUAUCAUUCUCUCCGAGCGGCAAACUUGCAAUCGACUCGUCAGCUGGCCUGCUUUGCACUCAAAAAAUCCAUUCCCCUUCACUUCGUCUCCACCGGCGGAGUUUCUCAGCUCGCACGAGUUGUGGAAUUGCCACCACAAUCCGUCUCCCAUUUCACGCCACCACUCGACGGUUCCAACGGAUAUGUUGCCUCGAAAUGGGCGGCUGAGACAUACUUGGAAGCCUGCGCGUCCCAGUUUAACCUCCCGUCUACGAUUCACCGACCAUCCAACAUCAUUGGAGAGGGUGUGCCAGCCACGGACCUGAUUCAGAGCAUUCUGAAAAUCUCAGUUGACCGUGGAGCCGUACCAACCACAGAUGGCUGGGCGGGGGCUUUUGACUUUGUUCCGGUCGCAGAUGUUGCUACGGGUAUCUGCAAUGCUAUACUCAAAAGGGAAGAUACCGUGUCUGAUCGAUUACAAAUCUUGCACCACUGUGGAGAUGUGAAAAUCCCUGUUGGGGAUCUGAAAACUUUCCUUGAACAUCGGUUUGGAGUCGAACUCCGGAUAGUUGAUGUGGAUACCUGGAUGGAAGAAGCCCGUCAAUCUGAUCUACCAGAGGCCCUGGAGAGUUUGAUCGGGGCUACUCUCAGGAGCGAGAACGGGCAAGUGGUGCCUUACUUGUCUCGAUCAUGA